AUGUCUGUGCAAAGCAAGCGUAUAUAUGAGCGGCACUCCAUGACCACACGCCGGUCCAAAUCGGCCGAUCCCGGGGCCAGUGAUCGCAAAUCGUUAGUCAACACAGCGGCCGCCCGAUCGCAGUCACGCCUGACAGCGGACAACACACUGGCCUCUAUGGUCGACAGAUAUCGGGCCCAACACCUGUGCCAACCGGCCAUCGUAUACCCGCCGGUGACGAGUCGGCCGCGUAUAUGCGUCGCCGUACGUAAGCGUCCGCUAAACGGAGCCGAAAUGGGCCGCAAAGACACGGAUGUGCUGUCGGUGCCGAACGCCCGGUCCGUUUUGGUCCACGAAUUCAAACACAGAGUCGAUUUGACGCCAUAUCUGGAGAACCACACCUUCCGCUUUGAUUACGCCUUUGACGAGACCGCCGACAACGCCCUGGUCUACGAGUACACCGCCCGGCCGUUGAUCGACACGGUGUUCGCCGGCGCGAUGGCCACGUGUUUCGCUUACGGCCAGACCGGCAGCGGUAAGACACAUACAAUGGGCGGCGACUUUCAGACCGCCGGCGCUCAGAUGGCCGGCAACGGUAUCUACGCGAUGGCCGCCACCGAUGUGUUCGCCCGACUCCGGGCCCCGGAAUACCGGUCCCAAAAUAUUGGCGUCUAUGUGUCGUUUUUCGAGAUAUAUGGCGGACAGGUAAUGGAUCUGUUAAACAAAAAAGCAAAGCUCCGGGUGUUGGAGGACAGCCGUCAACGCGUCCAAGUGGUGAAUCUUCAGGAGUGUCCGGUCGAUAGUGUCAGCUCAGUGUUGAAGUACAUCCAAAAUGGGACACAUUUGCGCACAUCGGGCGCCACUUCGGUGAACCGACACUCGUCGCGAUCGCACGCCGUCUUUCAGAUAGUGUUGCGCUCGGAGAGGGGGGCCCUGAGGGGCAAGUUCUCGCUCGUGGACUUAGCCGGCAACGAGAGGGGGGCCGACACCGGCGCCGACAGUCGCCAGAUCGCCGUCGAAACGGCCGACAUUAACAAAUCACUUUUGGCCCUCAAAGAGUGUAUCCGCGCGUUGGGCCGAAAGGGCGCUCACCUGCCCUUCCGGGGCAGCACUUUGACACAGGUGUUGCGCGACUCGUUUAUCGGCAAAAAUUCCAGCACUUGUAUGAUAGCGAUGAUAUCGCCGACAAUGCAAUCGUGUGAACACACGUUGAAUACUCUGCGUUACGCGGAUCGGGUGAAAGAGCUUCGGGCGGACACUCGUAGUCCUAUUCGUGGCAUUGCUGUCAACGGUAGCGAUGAGGACACGGAUGCGGCCGACUAUGAGGCAGAGGAUGACGAGGAAGAAGAGGAGGAGGAAGAAGAAGAGGAUGAAGAGUACGGCGCCGACGGUAUCGGUGAUGUAAUUGCAGACAUAACUCACGAAGUUAUACCACAUGUAGUUAUACCACAAAUCGCGCCCUCAUUGGUCACUCAAAGGCGAGCGCUCACUAAAUGUAAUUUGCAUAAAAUCGAUGAGGAGUUGGCCACAGAUUUUGAGCCCGAUUUCCAAGAACUGGAGGACCAGAUGAUCGGCGGACACGAAGAGCUUAUAAGAGACUUCCCGGCCUUCACUGACGCCAACGCCGAGCUUCUGGAGACGACAUCUUCGGUGGACUACGAUAUGGAUGAGUACUCGGAUCGGGUGUUGGAUCUCAUUAACGAAAAGAUCAAUGCCAUCCUCGCCCUCAAGGCUAAGGUAUCCCAAGUGAGAGCUCAUCACCAAUAAGUACAGGUCUAUGAGUUUAAUAUUAGAUUUUAUUCACAUUUAUGAACAGAUUUGCCAUUAAUAUAUUUUAUCGUUAAUUCAAUUUAC